AUGCUAGUUUCGUGGACAAAAAAAGGAUCGGAUGAAAUGUGUCCAUGGGGACCGUCCCUAGCAGAGUAUAUUAGCUCGACUGAAACAGAAGAUUCAUUUGGUGCUUUCAAGAUAUUAUCGAAAGGAAGUCGUGAUGAUUUAAAAAAUGAAUGUUGUUUCCAUGUUGAACGUUUGCUUGAAGAAAUCGAUCGACGAUUUCCACCAUCUGAAUUACAUCAAUGUUUAUCUUUUUUGUUUGAUCCUAUGAUGAUUGAAGAAAAUAGACCUUUUCUUAAUGAUGCUACAUAUGGUCGUCAUGAACUACAAUAUCUUCGUCAAAAGUAUGAAAGUUUACCUGAAUUUGAUUCGAAAAAUGUUCAGAUGGAAUGGGAAUCAUUCAAACCAUUAAUUAUUAAUUUUAUCGAGAUUAAAUCAAGUAAUGAUUCACCUGCAAUAUUCUGGAAAAAGUUUACUGAACUAAAACAAACAACAAAUCAACAUUUCUCUGAACAAUUCAAGAAUAUUUUAAUUUUGCUCGAUGUUUAUUUAAUUUCACCUUUAAACUCCGCAGAAUGUGAACGAGGUUAUAGUGCAGCAAACCGAAUACAGACUAUAGCCCGUUCCAGAAUAACAAAUGAAACUCUUGAUUGUCUCUUAACUGUACGGCUUCUUUUAGGUGAUGAUAUUCGAAGUGCACGUUGUCAUCGGAUCAUUGAAGAAGCAUUCAAGUCUUGGAAUGAUCCUGAAUCUAAUCGUCGAUUGAAGAGAGUACAAUUACUAAUUGAUGUUCCUGAUGAUUAUGAACCAGGUCGACAAAUUCGAUCCAAUAUUAUGAAACGAAAGCGAUUAGAUUGUACAAACACUUAUUCUUCAAGUUCAAACAGACCAAAGAAACCAAAAGCUAAUUCUAUCAAGUGCGCUAAUCGAUGUGGUAAAGUAGUUUCAUCGGAUGAUCCAAUGCAAAUAAAUGCUAUCUUAUGUUGUCAUCAGCAUGAAGAAUACACCUGGAUAGAUGAAGAAGAUUCCUGCUGUAGGUGGUUAUGUAAUUUUUGCCGAAUUAAAUUGGCUAUUCCAACAGAAACAAAGGCUUGGUUUUGUGAUGAUCAUCGUGAUAUGCACGAAGAAGCAGAUGAAACUGUUGAUGAAAUGGAUCAUUUCAAAGAUUGA